AUGUCGUCCGCUACAUUUGCCGGCUCCGACCCGGCCGACCCUAACAAUAACGCCGUCAACAUUGAAGCCUCGGGGCCAUACGAGCCUGUCCUGGCCGCAUUCACUCAGCAGUUCAACCAAGUUUGGCAGAACGAGGCGCUUUGGGAGAAUGCUAACCAGGAUAAGGUAUUGACCACGAUGGCAAACGCAAUUCUAGGACUGCGCAUCAGCAACGGUCAGAUGGCUGGCGGUGUCGACAGUGAGGAAAGCAGCGCUGAAGACGAUGGCAGUAGCGACGAGGAUGACAGAGACGAUAAAGAUGAUGGCAUGAGCUUAAAGUACCACCUCGCCCUUGUGGGCUUUAACACCAAUUGGGAGUACACCAAAGACAGCAUCACCCAGGGCAAUAAGGAAGGCCGGGAGAUCCUCCGCUAUAUCCAGCCUCCUAGCCGAGGCGUGCGGAAGGUCAGCCACGCAGGAGCAGUUUUAUGCAAGAAGCUCAGCAUCACGUCGCAGAAGUUCGACAGUCUCUACAAGUCUAGUCAUAUUGCAACUGCGAUGGUGGCCACGUUUGGCAAAGGUUCCGUCAUGUUCUUGCCUAACGGUACAAGCGGGUGA